ACGAUGUUCACCGCCGCAAGGUUGGUUGCAUACGACUGGGAAAGACGGCAAAUCGCGGAUGAGAUUACGUGCUUUUGGCAAUGCCGCGUGUCGUAACUGUCGAGUCGUCCGCGCGAUAGUAGCGCCAGUCUAGCCAAGAUGGCGAGAGAGAGGUACGUGCGUUAACGCGCCGCGCACGACGAUGUCGUCGAAGAGGCCCCCCGGGGGUGCCAAAAAAAGGGGCCACCAACACCACCCCAGAAAUGAUGGCACCAGACGCAGGACCAUUUUAGAACCUUGCCCGAAUCCCCCGCUGAGCGUGUACAGUAGCGAGAACGUGUUGUCAAAUUCGAAAACAAUAACAAACAGCAUCAGUGCCAGGGACCAGAGGUUAGAGGAUGUCGAUGGGGUGGUGCAAAAUUUGGCAAGCGGCGAAGUAGUAGCAGUAGUAAACGACCAAGGUGCCUUUCCGCAAGAAUCAAACGACAACAAAGCGUCGAAUUGUGAUAUUGAAGUGAUAGAUCUUACUCAGUGUGAUGACGAGCCCGUAGAGUUAGUUAGUAGCAAGCCGAUAUCAAAGCCCGUUAAAAACGACCGCAAUCAGAAACUGAGAAAAUCGAAAAAGCCGAAAAGUCGAAAACAGGACGAGCAAACGAAGGAUGUCGUCGUCGACGACGGUGAAAAUAUGUCUUUGGUGUUUCGACCCGCUGCCGAGGGGUCGAGCCAAAGCGACCAGGAAGUCGAAAAAGAGGAUCCGCUGGAUCCUGAGAUCGAAGAGUUGGCGAAGCUCCGCUGUACGUCCGAAAGGACCGAAGUGGUGGCUGAAAGAGAGACCAGGCGUAAAGGAAGACGCUGUGCCGAUUACCCGGGUCUGGCGUUCAGUUCGAUAUUCAGUUCAGACACCCUGAUGAAGUUCAACAUAAUCAGAAACGAGAUCCAUAACAUUAUGAAUGGACAGCUGAAGAGGGCUGAAUCCGAGGUCGCUGCCCUCAACCGUCGCAUCCAACUGCUGGAAGAGGACCUGGAAAGGUCGGAGGAGCGUCUGGCCACAGCCACCGCCAAACUGGCGGAGGCCUCCGCCGCCGCCGACGAGAGCGAAAGGAUACGCAAAGCCCUGGAGAACCGGACGAACAUGGAGGAUGACCGGGUGGCCGCGCUGGAGCAACAACUGGCCCAAGCGAAACAAAUCGCCGAAGAGGCCGACAAGAAAUACGAAGAGGUGGCCAGGAAGUUGGUGAUGAUGGAGCAGGACCUCGAGAAAGCCGAGGAGCGUGCCGACGUGUCCGACAGUAAAAUCGUCGAGCUUGAAGAGGAACUCCGCGUGGUAGGCAACAACCUGAAAUCGCUGGAAGUGUCCGAAGAAAAGGCGACGCUCAAAGAGGAGGAGUACUCGGUAACGUUAAAACAGGUGGAGCAGCAACUGAGAGAGGCGGAGGCGCGCGCCGAAUUCGCAGAGCGUUCCGUCCAAAAGCUACAAAAGGAAGUCGACAGACUCGAAGACGACCUGUUGGUGGAAAAGGAGAAAAACAAAAGACUCGAGGCGGAAAUGGAACUGACACUGCAUGAGAUGCAAAACAUGUAGUAACCACGCGGGGACACCCCUCCCACCACCACCACUAUUAAUUAUUAUUAUUAUAAAUGUUUUUUUUUAUACACGAUGCAAUACGAAUAAUAUCAAAACCGCCGCGCCGGCGCGUGGCUUCGGGGGCGCCCCCCCCCCUGUCCCAGACAGACAUUCCGUUUCGUUCAUUCCGAAUCGCGAAAAUAUAGUUCGGUGCUCCUUAUUUUUUCUAUCUUUUUUUUUUUCAUUCUUUGCGACGAGAUUCUCGACGCCCCGUAUGUUGCUGUCAACUGUCAAAAUUGCGGAGCCGAAAUUAUGAACGAAUAUUUAUAUAAACCGUUUGUUGCAAUAACGAUCAACACUGCCAUUCGUAGAGACCCGAAAAUAAAAUAAAAAAUUAUAAUUCAAUAAUCACGUGCCCCUCACCACGCUUUGUUCCGGUCGUUUUGUUUUUUUUUUUUGUAUAAUUUUUUUAUUGUACAUUCCGUAUUCGCGUUUUCUUUUUUUUUGUAAAAUAAUUUUGUCGGAAGAAUUUUCCUUUUUUUUGGUGGAUUGAAUACGUAAAAUUGUUCGAGCCGCUUCUUCAUUUGGGCGAAUUCGCCGGAAAAAAAUCAUAUUUCAGACAUAUUUGGUCGAUAGUAGCGCAAAAAGAAAGGUUGUUUCAAGUAUUACUAAGUAUAUACAUAAAUAAAUUUCUAUUUUAAAGCCUGUUUAUAUUUUCUAAUAUUACUAUGUAUUUUAUGUAGUUAAAAGCUAAUAAUUUAAUUAUACGGAGGUUUUUAAUUUGUU